AUGGUCAACAAUGCUUUGCCUACUAAUUCUCCACCUACUACUAAUACUCCAUUUCCUAUUUCUAGUAUUGAGAUUUCCUUGUCCUUUGAUUCUGCCACAAAUACUACUGCUAAUACUCAUAAUAUGACUACUAGAUCAAAAUCAAAACUGCUUAACCCAACUGCUCUUACCACCAAAAUUCAAACCAAACAAGACCUUGUUCAUAAUAUCCCAAAAAAUAUUCAUCAAGCUCUUCAGUGUCCUCACUGGAAACAAGUGAUGGAUACUGAAUACAGAGCUUUACUAAGAUGCCAAACAUGGGACUUAGCUGUCCCUCCUCCCGAUUCCACUAUAGUUGGAUCUCGCAGUAAUAGUAUUGAAAUUGACAUAAAUAGUCUUAAUAAUAUUUUUUCUCUGAAAGAUUUGGGUCAUUUUCACUAUUUUUCGGGGCUUGAAGCUCAUUAUAUUUCUAAUACAUGUCUAUUGUUAAAUCAACAUAAAUAUGCUGCUGAUGUUUUAAAUCGUGCUAACAUGUUUGAUUGUCAUCCUAUGCCUACACCCAUGGUAUCUGAUUUGAAAUUGAGUGCUUAUGAGUCUGACCAUUUUGAAAACCCAAAACUGUAUAGGUCUAUUGUAGAUUGGGCAGGUGAUAUUGAUGAUAGGCGGUCCAUCAUCACAUGCUACUGCAUCUACCUUGGAGACAAUCUUAUUUCUUGGAAGAGUAAUAAGCAAUCCAAGGUUAGUAGAAGUAGCACUGAAGCAGAAUACUGCUCGCUGGCUGCUGCUCAAAGUGAGCUUGUGUCGAUUCAAUAG